AUGUAUUUUGAAAGCAUUGAAAAAAUUGCUGAUUUCUAUAAAAUUGAUAAUCUCCAAGCUGAAGCGGGAAGUUGGUACAGUUUUUGGCAAAAUAAGGACUGCCAAGAUAUUUAUUUUAUCGAUUUGUUAAACUGUAACUGUACGUUUUUUCCUAAUAUAGCUGUUGCUUUGGAAAUAUUUUUGUCUCUUCCGGCUACAAGCUGUACAGGAGAACGUUCUUUUAAUACAUUAAGGCGUGUUAAAACAUGGUUACGAUCAACGAUGAGUGAUGUUAGACUGAAUGGAAUAUGCAUGUUGAGUGUUCAUACUUCAUAG